CUCCGCUAGUUUCCUUCCCAAUUCCCAGGCCGGCUGCUGAGCUGGGCAACCGCUGUGCACUGCCGCGGUACCGUUGCUUCCGACGCGAGUCGCCUCCGAUCCCCAUCCAUGGCGGCGCCGCCUUCUACCUCCUCCUCGCCGUCCGGGGAGAUCGCCGUAGAGAGGUCACCAUCCAGCUUCGGUGGCGGCGACGCGGCGCCCUCUAGGCUCGAAUUGCUUAGCAUGGUGAAGAAACACUCACAUUUGAUUGGAUGGACGGUCGUUGAGGCUGAAGAUGAUGCAUCUGAUGUGGAAAUGGACGAUAAAUUCUGGCAUGAAAUGCUUGAUCUUUUCUUUGUGCGUGGCAGGGUGUCAAAGAGCAGAGAAGAGGACGACCUCGUCUUCUUUGUCAAUAGCAUGAAAACACAUGGUUUCGAAGAUCCACCUCCAUUUUUUGUGCGGAGAUGGGCUCCUAAGCUGGAAAAGCUCAUCAAUGUUAAUGUGUCUGAGAUUGAUUGGGAACGUUCAUUCUAUUUGAAUUUAGUCACUCACACAUCAUAUACUGUCACAGUUGCAAUAUACAGCAUUGGGGAUCUUCGCAAUCGUGCAGAGAAAAGCAAGCGAUUGCCUCCAGUUUAUAAGGUUUCCAAAACUGUAUAUGCAUCCCCUAGCCGUGUAAAUUUCCGUCUUGAUCGAAGGAAGGCUGUAGAAACAGUACCUGCAUAUCCCAACAUUUGUUUCUCAGUUGAUGACUUCGAUGACCCUUUUGAUGCUGUGGUUUUAUCAGAUCCUGAACACUGCUAUUGUGUGAUUCUGAAUGCGCAUGAUGGGGCAGCCUUUCCUGAAGAAACGAAGUCAAAAAAUGACAGUUCAAAUAUACAAUGCGGAGCAAACUCCGGGAGCAACCAAGAGAACCCACCAAAGAGAACUCUCUUCUCAGGCUAUGUCAGCUACCAAAAUGUCCGUGAAGCUUAUGAUGCUGGGAAAUCCAAAUUUGGGAGCUUCCUGUCACUUGGGCAAGACAAUACUAAACCUGAUAAACUUUUUAUGCGGGGCCCUGAAGGACGUGGUGAAGUUGAAGUUGCUGUUUCCGGGAUUGCAGAUCAGAGCCAUGAGAAAGAUCCAGGAGACAAUUUCCGAGUCCUUGUUCAUAGGGCGGUUUCUGCUGCAUCAAAGCUAGCAAAGCAUGCCUAUGAAGCUGCAUCUGCCAACAAACGAUUGGAUGAUGAGCUUCUGCCACUGAAGUGUUGCUUGAUGUCAGUUUCUCUUCCCUGGGACUAUAUCGCCCACGACCUGUUGCACAAGAUUUUGGUAAUGCACCAGGAGACACCUCCACUGGACUUGUGAAACUACCGAUGGAGGUCUGCUUUCAUAAUGAUGGUGCAAAGUUUGUGGUUGGGUAUCAGAGGCUAGUAGAGGGAAGCUGAGGUGUGAUGUAAGUACAUGUGUACUUUAAUAGACCAACACGGUGCGCGCCUGCGUGGUGGUCUACGCUCUACGGGCACCGGGCCCCCGGCGCAGCAGCAGCGGGGGAUCAGGAGGAGGGCUCCGGCGGUGCCCUUCAGCUGGCCGCCGACAGCGACGACGACGAAGAAGACGAAGGAUUGUUCGGGGCCGUGGCGGCGUCGGAGAGGGCGAUCGAGGAGCUGAGGAAGACGUCGGCGGGCGAGGCGAGGGAGAAGGGCUAGCUGCUCGGUGUGCAUGGAGGACUACUCCUUCCGUCAUGCCGUGCGGCCACUCCUUCCACCAGCGCUGCAUCUUCGAGUGGCUCGAGCUCAGCUGCGUCUGCCCACGCACGAGGAAGACGACCAGGCGACGCAUGCGCUUUUUUUUUUUUUUUGAGAAAAGCAACAGCCUUGUAUUACUCAUUAUCAGCAUCAGCAUCAUGCUGAAUACAGGCCCUCAGGAACUCGGGUACCUGAUACAACCAAGUGUUUACAGCACUCAAGGGUGAAGCAUUUUUUGCUGUAACAUGUGCAGCCAUAUUUGCUUCUCUCUUUACAUGAAUAACUUCAAAAGAGAUACACAUUCUACAUAACUCUUCUAUUUGAUGCAAUAUUGGAAGAAUACAAAUUAUACUACUCCUUCC